UGUCAGCUUCCGAUCGUUUCACCAUACGAGACCUCUGUCGAACACUCGUUAUUUCUCGUUCCGCAUUUGGUUCAAAAAGCAUACAACUCUCCCAUUUCACUAGCCUUAUAUAUCGAUUUUGCAGCUAUCCUCUCGGGUCCUUCGCUAUGGGUGUCACAAAGAAAGUGCUUAGGAACGGCAAUGGGGUCAACAAGCCCACGACAGGUGACGAAGUUGUGAUCGACUACACAGGAUGCCUCUAUGACCCCACAGCCGCCGAUAAGCAUUUUAUGGGAGACGAGUUUGAUUCGUCCAAAGAUAGAGGAGACUUUAAAACCACAAUCGGCAUUGGAAAGGUCAUUCGAGGAUGGGAUGAGGCGGUUAUGAAUAUGACCCUCGGCGAAAAGAGCAUUCUAACAAUCAGCGGAGACUAUGCGUACGGAGACCGUGGCUUCCCGGGGCUCAUCCCUCCAAACUCGACUCUUGUUUUCGAAGUCGAACUCAAGGGCAUCAAUAAUAUACGGGCAUCAUAAUUGAGGCGAUGGUGUAACACCAACCUGACAAGGGAGACUUCUCGAAUGUUUCCCGAAGCCAUUCUCCUCUUGAAGAUCAACAACAUUAAUUAUCCAUACCCCGCCUACUACGUCCGUCACACUUCUUUGCGUCACACCUAAAUUCGGUGGCACCAUACCAUACCUUCGUUGCUCGUUGCUCGUUGCUCGUUGCUCGUUCCCCGUUCAUCGUUCCUCGUUCCCUGAUCCAUAAUUUACUACUCGAAACAAAUAACCUAAUCAGAAACAGCAAACUAUUUAUACUUUUG